UGAAGAUCCACGGCAGGGUAUAAAUACUGCUGCCAUCACCCCGCUCUCUCUACUAAAAUGGGCUCCCGCACCCCAGGUGCAGGCUGGGGGUGUUCUGGCUGCUGGGCAUCUCUCACCGAUGUUUGGCUUGGAAAUAAGUCACAAGCCCCAACCCACGGCUUGUUCUGGGGCUGGACACAGUGGUGCAGGCUGCAGUGGAAACAACACAGCUUUACUCUUGAAUGUGAAAACUUGGUGUGAACUGGAGCAAUUGAGAAAGCUUUUAUGACACUUGGAAAUGUUUCAAUGAAUUUUAUGGAUCACAGCAAUCCCAGGUGGAAAAACAGGAAGACAGACAAGCUGAGGAGGAGAGAAUGGAUGAUUCUACCAGACCACAACAGUCACAUGCAGGGAAUGCAGCCAAAAGAAAGCAUGUUUAAAUUCGUGGGAGAAGGAGAGUGAACGUCUUGGAGCUCAAAUAGAAACAUAGCAACGUGUUGCACGGUCUGUAAUCAGUCAUCCUUUUAACAUAUUAAUGAAGCAGUAGAAAGAAAAAUAAAGAACAUUUCAUCCUUCAAACCAAGGACUUGCCAUGUCUUAUCAUUACAAUGAAGCCUUUGAAAAUCCAGACUACCACUUCUCAGAGACAUUGGAAAUUGAUAGAAGGGGGACCUCUCAGAGGAACCCAUUCUCUCACCAAACUCCUCAUGAUUCAUCUCAGUCUGAUUACUAUGGAGAGCACAGAGGCAGGGAGCAGAACUACCCUGUGGCCAUCCCAAUGUCUUCCCUGGGCCCUGGCUCUGACUACAGUCACGAUUUACCCAGCACAAGCCCAUAUGGAAAUUUCACAGAAAAUCUUUCCUUUGAGCCUGAGCCAGAACUGACUUACACCCCACAUUCUACCUCCCAUAUGCUGGAUUAUCCCUACACUCAUGGAAUUUCCAGUGGAUCAGAGGACAGCUUCAUUCGGAGACGCAACCGAAGGCCCCCUGAUGAGAUCUUCGUGACUUCUUCCAGCAUGCCUGAAGCAGAUCCAGUGAGCAGGGAAGAGGAAGAUUUAGUUGGAAGUCUUGCAAGUAUGUCCAGCAAUGAAAUGAUUAAAGCAAUCCAGAAGAUGCCAAAGACCAUGAGAAAAAAGAGAGAGAUCAGAAACAAAGUUCUGAAAGAAAGAACCAAAAAAUCCCGGCAUCGUGGUGCUCAGUGGACACAGGGAGCACCGGGAGUGUCAUUUCGGCGAUUUGGAAAUGCCCUUUCAGAAUUUUUUCAACAACUGCGGCCAUGGCACAAGAGUCUGAAGAUCAUUGGUGCUGAGUUUGGAACAAGUGUUCUUUCUUAUUUUGUUUUCUUGAAGUGGCUGCUAAAUUUUAACAUCUUCUCAUUCCUCAUAAACUUUGGUUUCAUCACAAUUCCUCAGUUUCUGGCAGCAGAACCAAAUAACCUUUCAUUCACGGGCCUGGAGCUGCUCACUGGAGCUGGUUAUUUUCAACAAACAGUUCUCUACUAUGGCUUUUACACCAAUGCUACAAUCAGUAAAGUGGAGAAUGGUCCAUCUUACAACAUGCAGCUGGCCUAUAUUUUCACUGUUGGAAUAUAUUUUGUCAUCUGUUUUCUUAUCUUGGUGUUCAGCAUGGCAAGAUCCUUCUCCAGUAACUUUAGGUUAACAAAGGCAUUCUCUGUGAAUGCCAGCAAGCUGCUCUGUACUUGGGACUUCAAUAUAACUAAUGAAGAAGCUGUGAAGCUGCAACAGAAGAAUCUCCUCACACAGAUAAAGGAAGAUCUCACUGAAGUAAACAAAGAAGUUGUAAAUUUUUCUGCGAUGGAGAGAUUUGUUCAUAUUGCUACUCAUCUCCUUGCUUGGGUUGUUUCCCUGGCAACAGCAGUAGCUGCUUGUGCUGGUGUUUACUUCCUCUCCGUUAAUAACCUCAAGCUGUUUAUGAAAGGGUAUAGCAAUGAUCUACAGAGACAAUCUGCCAUGUUGGUGCUACCUGUGAUUGUGUCUCUCCUCAACACUUUGGUCCCAUUCCUCUUCUCCUGGCUUGGGCACCUGGAGAAGUUUCAGACUCCUGGACAGCACAUUUAUGUCACUAUUGUCAGAAAUAUCAUCCUGAAAAUCUCAAUUGUUGGAAUAUUGUGCUACUACUGGCUGAACAUCGUGGCUACCUCAGAGUCACAGUGCUGGGAAACUUUGGUUGGCCAAGAUAUUUAUCGUCUUGUUCUAGUUGACUUCAUAUUUUGUUUGCUUGGCUCUUUCUUUGGAGAGUUUUUAAGAAGAAUUAUUGGAACUACAGUCUGUGUGAGCCUGGGGCUGCCAGAAUUUGAUAUAGGACGAAAUGUUUUAGAUUUGAUCUAUGCACAGACUUUGACCUGGAUUGGUAUCCUGUUCUCACCUCUGUUGCCUGGUAUCCAGAUGAUAGCAUUUCUUAUAGUAUUUUUUGUGAAAAAGGUCAGUCUGAUGAGGAAUUGCCAGCCCCCUCGUGAAGUCUGGAGAACUGCUCAAAUGACCACAUCCUUCAUUUUCCUGCUGUUUUGUCCUUCUUUCCUUGGAGUCCUGUCUGUCACUGGGGUCACUGUCUGGAGGUUAAAGCCUUCAGAAGAAUGUGGCCCUUUCAGAGGUUUGCCCUCCAUGUAUGCUGCAGUUGAUGAGUGGAUACAGAUGCUGGAAAGAUACACUGUCUCAAAAUGGGUAGUGUGGAUCUACCACAAUUUAAUUGCAAGUGAACUUUUCUUCUUCAUCAUCUCUACUGUUGUACUAAUUUUUACUUAUCUUUACUGGCAAAUAAUACAAGCAAGAAAGACCAUGAUCAAACUCUUACACAACCAAAUUAUUAAUGCAGGACAAGAUAAGAAGUUUCUGCUCCAAAAGCUACAAAGAGAGCAAAGGGCAAAGAGAAGAAGCUCGUCUGCCCUGGGAGGAAGAGGCCAGCAGAGAAGCUCCUCUUCAUACCACCCAUCCAUGCAACCUGCCCAGGACGUGCCAGGCUACCCAGAAAGGGCAUUUGACAGAAACCAAAACACAUCCCACAAUGAGCAUCCCUUUUCUGUUGAGAUCUCAAGCAGCAGUGACUUUUCACCAGGCGCUGAGCCCAGCCCGCCCGGCCGGAGCCCCGGCACGUCCCGGGCCAUGGCGCUCGCCCUGCGCGCCCGAGCGGCGGCGCUGGAGGAGGACAGCGAUCCCACCGCGGGGUUCCAGCCCUGGGCAGGCACGGACAGCGAUGGCAGCGAGAGAUUCCAGCCCUGAGCAGCACCGAGUGAGGGCACUGCUGCAGGAAGUGCCUGCAUCUCAUCCUCUCUCGCACUAAUGAUUAAAGAAUCUCUCAAACAUCUUUUGUUACGUCUAAAUGGAAGGAAAAAAAAUAUAAGAACAGGUUGUAAAAUGUGUUGGGAGUUCGGAUUUUUACUGUGAUAGGGACUAUCCCCCUGCUGGGGUUGUUUUGCAGCAGUGGUGUUUGGUGACAGCCUUCCCCCAGCACUGGCAUCACCUCCAUGCAAUAAGGCUCCCUCCAUAGCUGACCAUGUGUUGUUGGGAAACUUGUGCCUAACUGUAAAUAAAAGUUGUAUGUUUAAAAAUA